GGACGGGGCUGGGAUGCGGGACCCUGGCCUGGGAAUCCUGGUCUCCGAGGUCCCCCCCAGCCCGUCGCUCUGGCCUUGCAGAGUGGCGGCCGCGCCGGGACGUGACCGCGCUCACGCCCGCGUCCCCUCCUUGUUCCCCCAGGACCAUCAGCACGUGCCCAUCGACAUCCAGACCGCCAAGCUGCUCGACUGGCUGGUGGACCGGCGCCACUGCAACCUGAAAUGGCAGAGCCUGGUGCUGACCAUCCGGGAGAAGAUCAACGCCGCCAUCCAGGACAUGCCGGAGAGCGAAGAGAUCGCCCAGCUGCUCUCGGGGUCCUACAUUCACUACUUCCACUGCCUGAGGAUUGUGGACCUUCUCAAAGGCACUGAGGCCUCCACAAAGAACAUAUUUGGCCGGUACUCCUCCCAGCGGAUGAAGGACUGGCAGGAGAUCGUCGCCCUGUACGAGAAGGACAACACCUACUUAGUGGAGCUCUGCAGCCUCCUGGUUCGGAACGGAGACAACGUCCGGAGAGAGCUGCUGACCCUGGUCAAAGACCUGCCGAGCCAGCUGGCUGAGAUCGGGGCAGGGGCGCAGUCCCUGGGCGAAGCCAUCGAGCUGUACCAGGCCUGUGUGGACUUCGUUUGUGAGAGCCCAGCGGAGCAGGUGCUGCCCAUGCUGCGGUUCGUGCAGCGGCGGGGGAACUCGACGGUGUACGAGUGGAGGACGGGCACGGAGCCCUCCGUGGUGGAGCGGCCGCGCCUGGAGGAGCCUCCCGAGCCGGUGGAGGAGGAUGUGAUCGACUGGGGCGACUUUGGGGUAGAGUCCGACCCUGGCAUUCCCGCCGAGGAUGCUGGCAUCGACUGGGGCAUCUCCCUGGACUCGGCGGCCAAGGAACCUGGGGGUGAUGGGUUAGACUGGGGCGACGCUGACACCGCCACCCUGCAGAUCACAGUGCUGGAGGCGGGGACCCAGGCCCCAGAAGGGGUGGCCCGAGGCCCAGACGCCCUGAGCCUGCUCGAGUACCCCGAGACGCGGAGCCAGUUCGUCGACGAACUCAUGGAGCUCGAGAUCUUCUUGUCCCAGAGAGCAGUGGAGAUGGGCGAGGAGGCCGACAUCCUGUCGGUGAGCCAGUUCCAGCUGGCCCCUGCCAUCCUGCAGGGCCAGACCAGGGAGAAGAUGGUUGCUGUGGCGUCCACACUGCGGGAGCUGAUCGGCCGGCUCACCAGCCUGCAGAUGCAGCAUCUGUUCAUGAUCCUGGCCUCGCCGAGGUACGUGGACCGCGUGACUGAAUCCCUGCAGCAGAAGCUGAAGCAGUCGCAGCUGCUGGCCCUGAAGAGGGAGCUGAUGGUGCAGAAGCAGCAGGAGGCGCUGCAGGAGCAGGCGGCGCUGGAGCCCAAGCUGGACCUGCUGCUGGAGAAGACCCGGGAGCUGCAGGGGCUGAGCGAAGCUGACAUCUCCAGGCGGUACGGCGGGCGCCCCGUGAACCUGCUGGGGGCCUCCCUGUGACCCGGGCCUCGUCUGCCAUCGGAUGGAGGGGCGCAGCCGACAUCCGGGCCUUCUCUGCUGGAGCCAGGCAGCGUGGAGCACAGAGGGCGACAGGAGGAGACGCGCCUACCAGUGCCGGGCUCCCACCCCGGCCCCAGGGGGCUGUGUCAGUCGCCCGCUGCCGUGAGCCACGCUUCUGAGUUGGUCAGGUUGGACUUAAUAAAAGAGGAAGACUGGCUUUGCUGUUGGC